AGGCUUGGUUGCUCUGAUUGACAAGGCGUCUGCGACGUUUUGACGCACCUAGAGUAUAACUGGAACACUAUUAAAAAGACCUACAUAUAUCUCGCUCUGUCUGAAGAAGCGGAAGAAGUGAAGGCUUUUCGAGGCGAUCGGCACUAUCUUCAAAGUACUUACACUAAAGAAAACAAGAGCAGUACUAUCAUAUUCCUGGCAGCUCUGCCUAAACUAAGAAAAAGAAGGCGGCUCAUCUGCUUUGCUUCAUCAUCUUGUUGUAAAGUUAAUAUUGUGCUGCUUUUCUUUCAGAAGCUAUCUACCCUAAGUUUUUUUACACGACGGGAACGCCAAGAAUAUCAGCGCUGUAUAGAUAAAAUAUUGGCUGUGUAUAGAGAACUACCACGAAAAUCGCUUUCGCGUUCUCUUGUAGUUUCUCACGGAUAAUUGUUAUAGUCGUGCUUGUAGCUCUUCUCGUUCUCGCAACUAAGGAGCCUCACCGCACGAGUUCGAGGCCUUUUUUCAAGCAGAAUCUCACGACGACAGCACGCAGGACAAAAACUGGAGCUCUCAGCUUAAACCGUAUAUUAGAAAAAUUAUUGUAUGGCGUCUUUACUUAUUAUCUACCAGGUAAACUCAAACUGUUGAUACAACGACUAGGACUACGUGUAAGAUUUUCGCAUUACAAAAAAAGAAAUAUUUCCCCAACUAACAUACACUACCACACUGUGUCGCAGCGACAUCCUCAAGGUAGGAGCGGCAGCUUUUUACAAGAACUAGUAUCCGCGAGCAGUAGUUGCGCGACUUCUAGAACAUCAGGGGGAACUAAAAAAAGGGGCACCAAAGAACGACCUCUUCUGCUGACAAACGCAAGUAGUUUUGUCUCUUUGGCAGCGAAAAAAAAUGCAAGCUUUUAUUCUGUUGCUUGCGAGCUCGGCCGCAAUCCUCAACGCCAGCGGCCGCCGUUUGCAAGUGCAAAAAGUAAAGGGUCUUCUAGAAGAACUUCCACCCAGCAGUGGAGGCCUUGGUAAUAAAGGCACCACACGCGGCGGCGAAGGGAAAUUUCCGCGCACUACAGAAGCUGAAGCUGCAGUUGCUUCAGAAUCAGAGCUAUGGAUUGUAAAAGUGUCUGGGUCUGGAAGGUUGGAACUUGUAGUGCUUUCUUUCCAUACGUAGAAAAUCUGUAUUGCAUAACCAACAAAAGUCGCAGCCUCUUUUGUCAUGCAAAAACGCGUUUUCUCUUGUCUUGCGGAUUGCCUAUGAGAAAGCGUUUUGGGAAGUUGUCAUGCCGGACUGCAUUCGGAAGUGUUUUCAUCGUGCACAUUUUAACAUCACAAGUUUCCAGACCCAGACAUAUUUGCAGUGCAUAAGAGCCUGCUGGCGUAAAUAUUUCUGG